CCUCAGCGCGCUUUGUUUACCUCCGCGCCGGGCUCGCCUCCGGCUCCCCGCCCCCACGCGCUCCCUCCCAGCCUCUGGGGCGGGCUGGGCUGUCUUCUCCCCCUCCAUUUACCCCCCGCAGCGGCACUGGGCUCGCCGCAUCCCUCCGGUCGCCCCUCCGGGUAGUCAAAGCUGCAUCGAGUCCAGGCUGGGACACGGCGCACCCCCAGACCCAGUCUGGAGGGAGCGACCGCCGUGGUUUGGGGGUGCGGGGCAAUUGAGCCAGUGCCUCUGCGGGAGAGUUUGCAUGUGUGCGGUAGCCCGGCUUUGGAACUGACUUGCCAGAAACUCUGGCUUCAAACUCGCCCGAGUGAUGGAAGCUGCAGAGACUGGCUUUGCACAGGAGACCAUUUAUGUGGCUUUGAAGCAAGCCCUAAAUCGUGCAUGCCGUGGUCAUGUCAGACCGAUGCCAAGCCAAGAGAGAAAUGUUAUGAACAGAAGCAGUACAAAAAUGGCCUCAAGUUCUGCAAGAUGAUUCUUUCAAACCCAAAAUUUGCUGAACAUGGAGAGACUUUGGCUAUGAAAGGAUUAACGUUGAACUGUUUAGGAAAAAGAGAAGAAGCGUAUGAAUUUGUUCGUAAAGGACUUCGAAGUGAUGUCAGGAGUCAUGUCUGUUGGCAUGUAUAUGGCCUCCUGCAACGUUCAGAUAAGAAGUACGAUGAAGCUAUUAAGUGUUACAGAAAUGCCCUCAAAUUAGAUAAAGAUAAUUUGCAAAUCUUGAGGGAUCUCUCUCUAUUACAAAUUCAGAUGAGAGACCUUGAAGGUUAUCGAGAGACAAGAUACCAGCUGCUUCAGUUGCGCCCAACACAGCGUGCUUCCUGGAUUGGAUAUGCCAUUGCGUACCAUUUGCUGAAGGAUUACGACAUGGCGCUAAAACUACUAGAAGAAUUUAGACAGACACAGCAAGUUCCUCCCAACAAAAUAGAUUAUGAAUAUAGUGAACUGUUACUAUAUCAGAAUCAAGUGAUGAGAGAGGCAGAUUUAUGUCAAGAAUCUUUGGAACAUAUAGAAACAUAUGAGAAACAGAUAUGCGAUAAACUUUUGGUAGAAGAAAUUAAGGGGGAAAUGCUGCUGAAAUUGGGAAGAUUGAAAGAAGCCAGUGAAGUAUUCAAAAACUUGAUUGACCGGAAUGCAGAAAAUUGGUGGUAUUAUGAAGGCUUGGAAAAAGCAUUGCAACUCUGCUCUUCAGAUGAGAGGCUUCAGAUUUAUGAAGAAAUCAGUAAGCAGCACCCCAGAGCAGUUUCACCGAGAAGAUUGCCCUUGAAUUUUGUCCCAGGUAAAAAAUUCAGAGAACUCAUGGAUAAGUUCCUGAGACCAAACUUCAGCAAAGGAUGUCCACCCCUGUUCACUACUUUGAAAUCUUUGUAUUGUAAUAGAGAAAAGGUUUCAAUAAUCCAGGAACUUGUUACUAAUUAUGAAGCUUCUCUUAAAAUGAAUGGCUUUUUUAGCCCUUGUGAGAAUGGGGAAAAGGAACCUCCAACAACUCUCCUCUGGGUCCAGUAUUUCCUGGCACAGCACUUUGAUAAACUUGGACAGUAUUUGCUGGCUUUGGAGUGUGUUAAUGCUGGGAUUGCUAGCACUCCCACUCUAGUAGAAUUAUUCUACAUAAAAGCAAAAAUAUACAAGCAUAUAGGUAAUCUCAAAGAAGCUGCAAAAUGGAUGGAUGAAGCACAGUCUUUGGACACAGCUGAUAGAUUCAUCAAUUCCAAAUGUGCAAAAUACAUGCUCCGAGCAAAUAUGAUAAAAGAAGCAGAGGAAAUGUGCUCCAAGUUCACAAGGGAAGGAGCAUCUGCUGUGGAAAAUCUAAAUGAAAUGCAGUGUAUGUGGUUUGAGACAGAAUGCAUUUUGGCCUAUCAGCGCCUUGGGAGAUACGGGGAUGCCUUGAAAAAAUGCCAUGAAGUGGAAAGGCAUUUUUUUGAGAUAACCGAUGAUCAAUUUGACUUCCAUACCUACUGCAUGAGAAAGAUGACCCUCCGUGCUUAUGUUGACCUCUUGAGAUUAGAAGAUACUCUCAGAAGACACACCUUUUAUUUCAAGGCUGCUAGAUCAGCAAUUGAAAUAUAUUUGAGAUUACAUGAUAACCCUUUAACCAGUGAAAGCAAGCAACAAGACGUAAAUUCAGAAAUCCUGUCAGCCAAAGAACUGAAGAAAAUGCUUAGCAAGCAAAGAAGAGCCCAAAAAAAGGCUAAGUUAGAAGAAGAGAGAAAGCACACAGAAAGGGAACGUCAGCAGAAAAGCCAGAAGAAAAAACGAGAAGAAGAUGAUGAAGCCGCCAGUGGUCAUAAGGAAGAACUUACACCUGAAAAACUAGAAAGGGUUGACAAUCCAUUAGAAGAGGCCAUCAAGUUCCUCACUCCUCUAAAGACCCUUGCUGCUGAUAACAUUUAUACCCACCUGCUAGCAUUUGAAAUUUAUUUUAGAAAAGGGAAGUUUCUGCUAAUGUUGCAGUCUGUUAAACGAGCCUUUGCCAUCGACAGUAAUAAUGCGUGGUUACAUGAAUGCUUGAUUAAAUUUUCUAAAUCUGUAUCUAAUCAUAGUAAUCUUCCAGACAUUGUGAGCCAAGUUCUAGCUCAAGAAAUGAAGAAAAUAUUUGUCAACAAAGACUUGCACAGCUUUAAUGAAGAUUUUCUCAAGCACAAUGCUGCCUCUCUUCAGCAUCUACUUUCAGGUGCUAAAAUGAUGUAUUUUCUGGACACAUCAAGGCAAGAGAAAGCAAUUGCUAUAGCCACUAGGUUAGAUGAAACUAUACAAGACAAAAAUGUGAAGACUCUGAUACAGGUUGCUGAGGCACUGCUGGAUGGCAGCUUUGGGAACUGUAGUUCCCAGUAUGAAGAGUACAGGAAGGCCUGCCAUAACCUGCUUCCACUUACACCUGCCUUCCUGCCUGCUGUGACUGAAGCUGCCCUGAACCAAACAGCUGAUCACGAGCUCUUGCAGCGUGAACUUUGAAAUCUUGUGCAAAGUGCUGCUACAGAUUCAAAGCUGAACUCACAUCAGGGUUUCUUUUCCAGUGUGCAUUUUAAUAUUGGCAUGAAAUGAAAUAAUAGAAGUUUUAAAUGGAGUAUAGUGUAAGCUUGUUUUAUGCUGUGUCUGGCCUCCAAUUUACAUAGACAUCUGUUACAAUUGCUUGUUUAUACUUAUACAGUCUUACACUCCUGAAUUAGGAGUGUUGUUUCUUCUGUAUUAUACUUGAGUUGCUGAUUAAGGUGUAGACAGCCCUCUUGCUAUUUUCUUUUGAUCUAGUUUCAGAGUCUGUUUUGAUCUUUUAUUGGCUUAUUUGAUUUUUUUUUUCAAGUGUUAGCUGUAUGUUAAGAAAAAGCUGCCGGGCGGUGGUGGCACACGCCUGUAAUCCCAGCACUCGGGAGGCAGA